CAAAACUCAAAAUAAUCUUGCAUUUGAUUUCUCAAAUUUCAAGGUUAUGGCAUCAAUCAAAAUCACAUUAUCCAUGCUUCUAUUUCUUACCAUUUUUACAUAUUCUCAGGCAAAGUUAAGGCAUCACAAAGAGACAGAAAUGACACUCUACUACAAAGAUUAUGCCGGCGGCCCAAAUGCGACAUCAAUCCCGAUACCGGGCCCGUCGACCGGGCCCCUAAAUUUCACCAUGUUUGGAGCCAUGUUUGUCGUAGACGACCCGGCAGUCGAAGACAUUGAGGACGCCUCGGCCCCAAUUAUUGCAAGGGGCCGAGGCGUCUACAUCAUUUCGGCCUUAGAUGGGUCCCAUGCUCAGUUGCUAAUGUCAGUUGUAUUUAUCAAUGGCAAGUAUAAAGGCAGCACAUUGGAAAUACAAGGUUCCUACGCGCAGUUUGAGCCGGUGGCGGAGGCGGCGGUGGUGGGCGGCACUGGAAAAUUCCGGCUAGCCCGCGGUUACGCUACGUACGAGAUUCUUUCCUAUGAUCCCGUGAGCGGCUAUUCAGUCACCCGAUCUAAUAUCACUGUGCUACAUUACUAGCCUGUGCUUCAAUUGGUUAAUAAAGAAAUUAUCCAUCAAUUUCAAAUUUCAAUGUGAUUCUACUUGAAAUAUUUAUGUAAUUAGUGAUGGAUAUGUGAUGGGUUUUGCAUUUCAAUUAUUGAUAUGGUUAAAUAAGAAUGUUUGGCAUUCGGCGUGGACUUGUAAUACUUACUUACAUAUGGAGUAGUAAAAAUUCAAAUAAGAUAUACUCUAUUUUAUGGUAUCUUUAUUUCUA